AUGUCUACAACAUUAGCAGAAGUUCUUUCGGAGACGGCUAGUACUUCUUGCAAUUCUUCACUUGGUUAUAAGGACUUGUGUGAUUCAACUAGUGACAAACCUGACUCAGAAAACAAAUCAUCGGUUCGUAGUAACAUAAACAGUCAAAGACCUUUAGCUAGUGGCGCUAGUUCGCAUGGCAUGCUACAAGUUCCUCAAAUUCCACAGCAGCGACCAUCAUUUCUUAUUAAUGACAUUUUACGUAAAGAUGAUAACAUUUCUAAACGACCGGAUGCCAAUGAAUUACCAAAAGAAUUAAAUUACGAAUCUGAUUCGAAUUCGAACUCUAGUAGUAAUGAGGAAGUAGGAAGUUCAUUCGAUAGAUCGAGAGGUAAUUCGGAAUCUCCAACAUUUGUAUUAAACAAGCCAAAGAAACCAAGAAAGGCAAGAACUGCGUUUUCAGACAAUCAACUGCGUGUUCUUGAAAAGAGUUUUGAGCGACAAAAAUAUUUGAGUGUUCAGGAUAGAAUGGAACUUGCACAAAGGUUACAUCUAACAGAUACUCAAGUCAAAACGUGGUAUCAAAAUCGAAGAACGAAAUGGAAAAGACAAACUGCUGUUGGACUUGAAUUAUUAACGGAAGCAACAAAUUUUGCCACUGUACAAAGGAUGAUUCACAGUAACAAUUAUUGGACAACUUUCCAUCCGAAUAUAACAUCACUGGUGAACAAUAUAGAACAGUCUGUAGUGAGACCGAGGUGUCCGAUACCAACCAGCAGUCAGUAUUUAUCUUCAUUAUUUAUGUCAGGUGCUUUACCUACUCUUAUGUCACAGACACGCCCACAAGAAGACAGGUAG